AUGAUGCUGCGGCUGGCACACACCCAGAACUUCCUGGCCCUGGCCCCCUCCAAGGAGCAGGUGGCCCGCCAGCCGGCCAUGGAGAUCAUUCCCCUCGUCAUGGAGCCGGAGUCGCGCUUCUACGCCGACCCGGUCAUCGUGCUGGACUUCCAGUCCCUCUACCCCUCCAUGAUCAUCGCCUACAACCUAUGCUACUCCACCUGCAUCGGCAGGGUGGCGCACGCCGCUGCAACAGCAGACAAGCCCAUCCGCCUUGGGUGCUCCGAGUACGCCCUGCCGCACGGAACGCUGCUGGAGGAUGGCUUGCACCCCUCAGACCUCCUCAUCUCGCCCAACGGCAUAGGCUUUGUCCCGUCCUCGAGGCGGCCAGGCGUACUGCCGCGCCUGCUGACUGAGAUACUGGACACCAGGGUGAUGGUCAAGGGUGCAAUGAAGCGUCUGCCGCCCGCAGCCAAGGUGCUCCUGCGCUGCCUCAACGCCCGCCAGUUUGGCCUGAAGCUGAUUGCCAACGUGACGUAUGGGUACACGUCUGCCGGCUUCUCAGGUCGCAUGCCCAUGGCCGAAAUAGCUGACGCCAUUGUCUCCCUGGCUCGGGCCACCCUUGAGAAUGCCAUCGAUGUCAUCAACAAGCAUCCAGACUGGGGAGCCAGGGUGGUCUAUGGCGACACAGACAGCAUGUUUGUGGUCGUCCCCGGCAAGUCACGCGAGGCGGCCUUCAAGAUCGGAGCCGAGAUACAGAGGGUGGUGACGGCCGCCAACCCCAGCCCCAUCCUGCUCAAGCUUGAGAAGGUCUACCACCCCUGCGUGCUCCUCACCAAGAAGCGCUACGUCGGCUUUGCAUAUGAGUCCCACAGCCAGGCCACCCCCGCCUUCGAUGCCAAGGGCAUUGAGACGGUGCGCCGGGACACCUGUCCCGCCGUGGCAAAGAUGAUGGAGCGCAGCCUGCGCCUCCUCUUCACCACAAAGGACCUGUCGCAGGUCAAGCAAUACUGCGAACGGCAGUGGACCAAGAUCCUGUCAGGCCGGGUCUCCAUCCAGGAUUUUGUGUUUGCCAAGGAGGUGCGGCUGGGUACGUACUCUGCCAGGCACGGCAUCAUUCCCCCCGCCGCCCUCAUUGCCACACGGGCGAUGUCCAUGGAUCCACGCGCCGAGCCGCGGUUCGGGGAGCGGGUGCAGUACCUGGUGGUGCACGGCGCGCCUGGCGCGCGCCUGAUCGACAUGGUGGUUCCCCCCUCCGCGCUGGUGGAGGCCCGCGGCCGCCUGCGCCUGCACGCCCUCUACUACAUCACCAAGCAGAUCGUGCCGGCACUGGACCGCGUCUUUGCGCUGAUGGGCGUGGACGUGCGCGCCUGGUUUGCCGGCAUGCCCCGGCCCGGCCUACUCCUGCCGCACAAGCGCCCGGCGCGGGACGCCAGCGCCACGGGCGGCAGCACCAUCGACCGGUACUACCUGUCGCGCCACUGCGCCGUCUGCGACGAGCUGACGGCGGCCUCCCGGCCGCUGUGCCCACGCUGCACGGGCGAGCCCCAGCUCACCGCGGCCGUGCUGGCGGCGCGCCUGAACCGGCUGGAGAGGCAGAACCGCCACCUUCUGCGCCUGUGCGUGCACUGCGGCGGCGGGGGCGCGACGGGGGAGGGCGGCGCGGGGGACGACUGUGAGUGUUUGGGUGUGGGGGGAUGCCGUGUGGGUGGAGAAGGAGGGGUGGUUGGAGAAUUGGAACGAGGAGAGGCGGGAAGUGGGCUUCAUGAAGCCUGGGGCCCUGCUGCAUGGCGGUGUCCAUGGAGGCAAUACGGAGUCGGCAAGCUGCCCCGAGGGUUCAGAUUUGAGACUGGGAGCAUCGCCUGCACCUCUGCUGACUGUGGGCUGUGGUAUGAGCGGAGGAAAGCAUGGCACGAGCUGCAGACCGUGGCCGGCAUGGCCGAGGCCGGCGCCAAGCAGCUCGCUGAUGGGGACGAGGACCUGACUUGA